AUGCGCAAGCUCCUCAGCAAGCCGGCGGGCCUGUCGCAGCAGCACCAUGACGGCACAGCGAACUCGAAUUCAAACUCGAACUCGAACCUAACCUCGAAUGCGGGACACCACGAUGACGAGCACAUGCGAUCACAACAUAACCAGCACGGCCACCUUCGUGACCGACCGUCGACAUCACCCGUGCCGCUGCUCUAUCGCCCCAGCGGGCCCCAGGAGGCCGCGUUCCAGGCAGGCGUGCCAAUUGCGGCGCUGGACAAAUCACCCGACGGCCGUGCCGCCGUGCUGGCCGGCCGCCAUGUCCUGAAGACGGUGCGCAUCGAGCGUGGCGACAGCACCGACAGCCACGUCUCUAUUCGCGAAUCGUUUGAUCUGCGCACGCUGAUCACGGCGCAGGCGUCCCCGCGGGCCAACGCGACGGCGUCGGUCGCCGAGCAGCUGUCGAUCCGCGAUGUCAAAUGGGGCACGGGCCGCAACGACACGCACAUCUUCACCGCCUGUCUGCGCGGAAAGAUCUUCCAGUACGAUCUGUCGCAGCUGGGUGGCAGCAGCGGAAACGCCGGCGGCAGCAUUUCCUUCGUCCAGACGCAAGAGGACUCGCGGCAGAUCAACGCCCUCGACAUCAACCCCUACAAGGACGCAUACCUGCUGUCCGGCAGCCAGGACGGCAUGGUGCGCUGCUUCGACACGCGGGCCAUUGUGGCGUCGCGCCUCGGCCCCACGUUUCGCCCCAUGCAGGCCUUCAAGUGCAACGCCGACGUGCGCGCCGUGCAGUGGUCGCCCAAGCAGGGCUUCUACUUCGCCUGCUGCACCGAGCAGGGUGCCGUCAUGAAGUGGGACAUUCGCAAGCCAUCGGCGCCUGUCCUGCGCAUCACCGCGCACGAAAAGGCCUGCUCGUCGCUGUCGUGGCACCCGGACGGCGAGCAUCUGCUGACCGGCGGUGUCGACAAGGCGUGCCAUGUCUGGGACUUUUCCAACACGGCCGACAAGCGGCAGAAGCCCAAAUGGACGCUGCAUACGCCGGCAUCUGUUGCUGCUGCUGCGUGGCGUCCCGGCCAGUGGUCGGCGACGUGCCAAGGGCUGCGGGCCGCCCAGGUCGCCGUGUCCUACGACGUCAGCGGCCCCAAACGGCCGGGCAUCAAUGCCGCGCACGUCUGGGACCUGGCCCGUCCGACCAUACCCUACAAGACUGUCGAGCGCUUCGAGUGCUCGCCGUCGGCCUUGCUGUGGAAGGACCAGGAGUUCCUAUGGACCGCCGGCGAGGAUGGCCUGUUUUGCCAGAACGACAUGGCCUUUGCGCCGCGCGUCAUCGACCGCACGGCCGUCUCGACGCUCGCGUUCUCGUCCACUGGCGACGUGCUGACGUUUCUCGAUGAGCGACCGCUGCCGUCGCGACCGCGCGUGCUCGCGUCGGUUCACAAGGACUUGCCGUCCGCCACGGCUGCCGCGGCGGCGGCGGCUGCUCUGUCGUCGUCGCACGGCUCCGACCCGACCUCGCCCGCUCCUGCUCUCAGCAUCAGCCGCAGCGACUCUGAGGAUGAUGUCGUGCGUGGUUUCCUCAUGCCACGCCGCCGCAACCUGGGCCGCAAGCGGCGUGCCAGCUCCGUCCACCAUCUGGGCUCGACUCCGCCGUCGUCGGGUCACCCUGGCUCCGCCAACAGCAACAAUAGCCACAACAGUGGUCGAGAGGGUAGCAGCGGCAGCAACAGCAAUAAUAACAGCAAGACAAGCACCGGCAACAACAGCUUGACCGUCUCACUCGAAUACUCGCUGCGCGCCACUGGUGCGUUCCGGCCGCAGCAGAUUAUGGCCAUUGGCCACAUCCCCUCGGCCGCGCGCAAGGACGCCUACGGUUACCUCGCCAAAAUCUACUUGGAGACGCUGGAAGAGCGACUGCCCGCCUACGUGCGUCAUGGCACGGUUGUCCCACUGCCCGACCGCGUGGCGUCCAUUCUCGACACAUAUGCGCGCGCGGCCGAGAACGUCAGCCACUUCCGCCUGGCGCAGGUCUGGCGCAUCAUUGCGUUUGCCAUGGACCUGCUCUUCCGGAAACGCGCGCAGUACCACAAAGAGCGGCGGCUCGAGGGAGCCACCUACCACACGACUAGGUCGUCAGAAACACACCGUCAACACCAACAUCAACAUCACCACCACCACAACAGCAGUGACAACACGGACAAAAUCAAGAUUCGUGGCGAGCGGCUGCCCUCGGGCGACCCUUCUGGCAGCACACUCGAGUCCCUCUCAUCCUCCGACGACCAUGGCACGUCGACGCUCGUGCCGACAGCCAGCAACAGCCGCACACUGCCUGUCCGCUCGCUUCUCGCCGAAGAGAUUGAGAGCACCUCCAACAUGCCGACGCCCUUGGCGCGGCCAGUGUCCGGCCAGGCGUACCGGGGUGGCGGCGAUCACUAUCAGCCAGGCACUGACCAUCGGUCGGAAUCCGCAUCCGCUGCCGACGAAAACAGUGCCAGCAGCUACGACAGUGCGAGCAACGGGCUGCCAUCCGACAUUGAGAGCUUCAAUCUACCACCCGCUCGCUACCGAGACUACCUGACCAACCAGCCACGCCGGCGACACCUCGACUCCAUGCCCGUCUCGGAGACCAGCCACGACAGCGAAGUGUCACACAUAUCGAGCAUGGAGGGCUACGAUUUCUACGAUACAGAGGCCAUGGCCAGCGCCAUCGACGUACCCGGCGCCACAGCCCGGCCGCCGCCCACGAGUCGCCCGUCCAUCACGUCGCUCACAGAGCGCUCACCUGUGCGGCCGCCCGACUUUCACCGACAAGACUCGACCGACAGUGCAGGUGGCCGCAUCUUUGAAAUUUCGCAGGCUUCGGGGCCGGCACUCGACGAGAGAGACCUCAUGGGUGCCGGCGGCAGCAGUCUGGCCACGACGACCACCAGCACCUCUGAGGUCCGUGGCCGCAGUGGUCCUAGUGGCCAUGGCCAACAGAACGGCAAUGGACGCAGCGGACGUAGCGAUAACAACGCGCUGGCCGACGAGUCGUUGAGCCGUUCGCGCGGCCGACACGCCGAGAAGCCGAGACACGACAAAGACAAGGACGUGCUGGCGUCGUCGGCUGCCUCAUCAUCGCGACUAUUGCGCCUGAACAGGGCGCUGCUGUCGAUGGAGUUUGGCGGCAGCGGGUCCAACCCGACACUCUCCACGCCCGGCGUCACGCGCGACACAUACUACCGCACAAAUUCGCAAGAUACGGAGAGCAGCAGCAACUCGCUCCUGGGCCCACAGGUUCACCCGAAACAGCCGACAAAUUCGUUUACCAGCAAGCGGCCGACCCUGCGGCGCAGCGCCUCGUCGCGGCAAGACAAUAUGAGCGUCGCCACAUCCGACCUUCUCCCCAUGGCAUAUGCGGGCAAGGACGGUGAGGACGGCGAGGACGGCGAGGGCGGUGAGGAUAAAGGGGAUGCCGACGUCGACACCGACCGCCUCACCGACCGCGACUACCUCCCCUGGCCGCACGACCCUCCGUUCCCUUUUCCCACCAAGGACGGCAAGGCCAGUGGUUUUGACCGCAACGCUGCGCUCAACCCCUACGUCAUUGUCGAGCGCGCGCUGGCCUUUGAAGUGCGCACGUCUCCGCUGCACGCGUCCGCCAUCGUCUUGCUGCUCGGGCCGCUCGUACCCGACGACGUCAUCGAUCCCCUGCAGGCGCGUUCCAUUCUGCGCCAGCACCACGCCCGGCUCAUGGGCAUGAAGCUCUUUUUGGAGGCCGCCCUGCUGCGCAAUCUGUGCGUUCAAGGCUGGCCGUCGACGACGGGUGCUCCGACGAACAACAUUGAGCUGUCCAAAUGGGGCGUCCACGCCGACUUUGCGUCGAUCGUGGCCCCCGCCAAAAAGAAUGUCUCGGCCUCGUACAUUUGCGUCACCUGCAAGAAGCCCCGCGAAGUCGACCACAACAGCCCCGGCAGCGGAAGCGGCACCGAGUCGCUGUGGCGGUGCGACCGCUGCAAGACCGUCAUGGCGCCCUGUGCGGUGUGCGGCCACCGCGACGUGGCGGCAGUGGACAACCUCACGCGCAACAACAGCAGCGACGACAAGAGCAGGACGUCCUCCGGCGGCGCGCUUUCUACGUGGUGGUACUGUGUCGGCUGCAGCCACGGCGGUCACUUGUCGUGUCUCGAAGAGUGGCACGCGCAGGACGCACCGGCCGGCAGCCCCCGUCUCGGGUCGUUCCCACCGUUCCCCGACGCUGGCACGGGCACCGAGUUUUCAGACGGCUGCUGCCCGCUCGACGGGUGCGGCCAUGCGUGUCUCCCCGGCCAGUGGCGGACCGAGACAAUUGCGCAGCGGAGCGACGAGGUGGCGUCGCGGGCGGCACACCUGCUGCCGUCGGCGGUGGCGGGCAGCAGUACGCCCCAAACCGACAGGGAGCCGGACGAUGCUCCCACACCCGACUCGGGCCGGGUCCGCGCGGACGGCCACGAAGUCGGCCAAAGUCGGGCAGUCGACAUGGUGCGGGAGUCGCUGCGAGGGCCGGGCGGUGGAGGCAGUCGCUCCAGCGACACAGCUUCUGGCCGCACAAUCCUCAGCUCAAGCCCCGGCCGCAGCUCCGUCUUGGCCGGAAGCGGCGGCAGCGGUGCCAACUAUCCUUUGCCCAUUGAGCCACGCGAACGUGAACGGCGCAAGAGCGUCAAGUUUGCCGGGACAGACGACCGGACUGGGUGA